GUCAUCGCUGGGAAUAAGAGGGACAAGUUCGUUAGUAUCUCGAUCGAGUGUAUGAUUUCGCUAUUUGAACACGAUACUCAGUUUGAGUCCCACUUGAUCUGAGAUAGACAAAAGACGACGAUUCAUCCAAAGUUGCUUAUUCAGUGCGGUUUGAAAUUUUCAGUUCAAUCAUCAGUAUGACACGCCUCUCAUUCAAUCAGUGGAGGAACAGUCCGGAUGCAUUGCUGCAAUGUGUCUUCUUGAUCCAUUUCCUAUUCUCUGCUUGGUCUGAAUUGGGCCGUUGGAGUGGCAGUGCCCUGACCUUUCAAAAUACGUUCUUCCUUCUGACCCUUUUGUGGGCUCUCCAUGAGAAAAGGUCUCCUACGCCAGUGAUAAUUGCGAUGGCUAUCAAUUUGCUAUGCAUCGUUCUCGACAUUAUUGUCAUCGCGUUAUUUUACCCCAAAUACGGCAAUUCUACAUCAGAGUUUAGCGCUGUCAUGGCCAUCUUCAACCUGAUCUUAAGGGUGGUCUCAACCAUUAUCCUAUUUAAGUCAAUGGAUCAAAGAGAUGAGCUCGAUGGUCCCAUUCCAAGGCUCCCAACCCAAACUAUGAGCACCAUCUCUGUAAGUGGUCUUCCCAACAACCAACCGACCAACAAUAAUGAAGUUGUUCCAGAGGUGGUCACCGAGGCGAAAAAGGCGAAAAAAAGCAAAAAAAGAGACAGGUCACUAUAACGGAACGUAUCCAAAUCUUCCACCUCCUCCUAAGCAAGAGCUCCCUCCAAUUCCCACAAGCUACUCCGAGCACCAUUAACUCCGUCCUUUAUAAGUUGUCAUAACUUGAUAUUUGAGAUAUACCAUCGGUAAAGCGAUGAUA